CCGUGAUUCCGUACUAAAAAAUAACCCGGGCUGCAUCCAAGCCCAUGUUAAUUUCCGGACAGUCUUCUAGUUCGCUAAUAUUUUAGCACUGGGUACCAGUAGUCGAAGGCAGCUAAUUUUGGCAGUGUGAACAUCUAUGAAUCUACAGCAGUGACGGAAAGAUUGUGACACUGUUUGUAGACGUGAAACGCAUGAUGAAGAUAUAAAAUAUGGCCUGUGGAAAUGAGUCAUGUCUAAAGGGACAAGAGUGUGUGACUUACUUGGCAUGCUUUGCCCAACUUUUGGAAGAAUGGACAGGCCUGGAGAACCUGGAGGGCUACGUGAAUUAUGUUUAUUACCUUUUGUGGGUUUUCACCCCACUUCUAAUCGUAUUUAUACUUCCAUGGGUUAUUGUUAUCUUACUCUAUCUUUCCAUCCUUUUGCUUCAUGUGUACAAAAGGAAGAAUGAACUGAAAGUGGCUUAUUCUCAUAACUUGUGGGAUGGUGCAAGGACAACUGUGGCAACACUGUGGGAUGGACAUGCAAAAAUUUGGCAUGGUUAUGAGCUACAUGGUCUGGAAAAGAUACCAGAUAAAGGACCAGCACUUAUUGUGUACUACCAUGGAGCCAUUCCUGUAGAUUAUUACUACUUUAUAGCAAAUGUCAUCAUCCAUAAGGGUAGAUAUUGCCACUCCGUUGCAGACCAUUUCCUCUUUAAAAUACCAGGUUUUCACUUGCUGCUUGAAGUGUUCAGUAUUAAGCAUGGCCCCCGGGAAGAAUGUGUUAAAGCCCUCAGGAAUGGUCAUUUGUUAGGAAUUUCCCCUGGAGGUGUGCGGGAAGCCCUCUUUAGUGAUGAAAGCUACAGACUCAUGUGGGGAAACAGAAGAGGAUUUGCUCAGGUGGCAAUUGAUGCAAAAGUGCCCAUUAUUCCCAUGUUUACACAGAAUAUCCGGGAAGGAUUUAGGACUCUUGGAGGAUUGUGGAUAUUUAGAUGGCUUUAUGAAAAGUACCGAUCUCCAUUUGUUCCUAUAUAUGGUGGAUUUCCAGUGAAACUCCGCACAUAUUUGGGAGAUCCUAUACCAUAUGACCCUAAUGUGACAGCAGCUGAGCUUGCUGAAAAGACAAAACAUGCUGUUCAGGCCCUAAUAAACAAUCACCAAAAGAAACCAGGAAACAUUCUUCGGGCACUGUUGGAGAGAUUUCAGAGACGACAAAAAGAUGACUGACUAUAAGCACUUUUGGGGGAAAAAGACUUCAUGUACUAAUCUCAAACGGGUUCUUAAUCUAUUUUAUGACUAGUCCAAAAAUAUAAGUCAUCUUUUAUAGUAUUGUGAUCAAGUAUUUUGCAAUUUUUUUUAACUGUCUUCCCAUCAGGAAUCUAUGUAUUCAUUGAAACAGAGAUGGUGAAUUUGUGUGUGAUUUAUAAGGAGCAUGGUUGUUGGUGCAAAAGUAUCUUUUCUUUGUUGUAAAUAUUUGUCACAAUGUCAUUUCCUAGAAACUCUGUAGUAAUAUUGUUAUUUGCUUACGCAGUGCCUUUUAAAAAUAUUUGGUGUAAUAUCUUGCGUUAUUUUAAUUUCAUGUCUAGUUCAUGCAUUCCCUUGAGUAAAUAAAUAUCAUUAGCAUCACCAUGAAAUCUAGGAUGUAUGCAAAGUCCAAAUCAGUAAAGCAGUAUAACAGUAAGUGUGGAAGGAUCAACUUCUCAACUACAUACGUGGAAUUGCUAACAAUAGGAGGAGAUAUGUGUCUGUGUUAAAGAGAAGACAAUGACAGAAGCCAGCUCUUCCAGGUUUCAGAUUACUGUGAACACUGAAAAAAUGUUACUACCUUUAGUGAGUUGUGACUGUAGCCUGAUAGUGAAGGUGUAGCACACAGCUGAGAGUAUAGAAGCAGGACUGCAGCAUACCUUAGGAACAUACAUUAAGGAUCAAAUAUGUUUAUACGUGACAGAAAAUAUUCUGCUUUAAUCCUAUGAGAAGUAGUUUAGUUAUCACUCUUGCUUGUUGAAAUUUGGUAGCUCUCUGUCUCUCGCUGUCUUUAGAAUUCCACAGUUUGUGAAAUGAGGACUUGCAAAAUAAAAAAAAAAAAAAAAAAACCUUAGGUUAAUUAUUUUAUUCAUAAACUUGAGUUAUUUUUUUAAAUCAGUGAUUUAUUUUAUUUGAUUUAUGUAGCCAAACAUAUUGAUAUUUGAUGCAAGAAGGUAAAACAAAGCUAUUUAGCAAUCUAGGCAAAACUGAAGCCCAAAGGCUAAGUCAUGUAGAUAAUAAAAUAUAGUUUUAUGUGUUGAAUUUUUUGAAUGAGGGAAUGAUAUAUUGAUUAGUGUGUUUUAUAUAUAUCCAAUAGUAAAUGCAGUAAUGUUUGUAAUCAAGAAUGUUAAUAAAUUAUUGUUUUAUGUUAGUGGUUAGAUCUGUGUUCCACUUAAAAGGCAGCAUAACAUUAACUCAGUCUUUCACCUUAAUGCUGAAGAUUGCAUUCUAAUUGACAUACAUCAUGUACAGAAAUAUUUUAAUCACAUUUACAGAAGUAAUGUAUAGGAUUUGUAUAUAUUUCAGCUGAUAAUGAUCUGUAAAUAAGACACAAUGAAAAUAGCUCAAAAAGUGAAACCCUGUCUUGGUGGGCAGCAGUGUAAGAGUUCACAUAAGUCUGACUUAGGUCUUUAUAAAGCACAGUCAUGUGUUUCAGCAGAACCAUCCUACUUCAGAGUUAACUGUGAGCAUUACAGCUUGUACUUGACCUUGUGAUACCUUUAAUGACAUUCACUUACUUAAAUGAAAAGUUAUUUAUAAAAUUCCUGUUUUUUGUAAAUUAAAUGAAAAUAGACAUUUUCUUCCUUGGUGUUUACACUUGAACACAAAUAUUGCCACAGUGAAAUUACAUCUACCAAAUCUACUGGAUAUUGUUUUAGUAACAUAACAUGCCAUGCAAAUUUCCUUAACAGUUACAAAUUUUUUGUGAAAUAUGUUUUAUUUGUUAGACUUUUAUACUACUCCCUAACGUGAAGCAAUGUGCUCAGUUAAACUUCUCUAUAUAAAUCAGGACAUGAGUAUUUUUGCCUCACCAAUGGUAUCCCAGUGGACCACCUGCUGUUGAGCCUUAGUAAACUUAGUAGAUCCAACAUCAUAAAAAUAAUCAUUGCAGUGUCUUUUCUUUAGCACUGUGAAUUCAUAACUUAUUAUUUUAUGAAGUUUAUUUUAUUUUGACAGUGGGACUCCUAUGGUUUUUAUCACCUUGUAGUUUCCUAGCAUACACCAUAACUCAGUGAAAGCUAGUUCACAGAAUGUGUCCGCAUGUCUACAUACCAGAAGUACAGCCCAGGUGGAAACAAAUAUUUUUAUUGUGUGAACAAAGUUCUUAGGGGCACUUAGACAAGCAGUAGUGGAUCUUUAAAUUCUAUUACUAAAAGGUAAGAUUAUAUUAAAUGUGAUAUUCAUAGUCCCAUACUUCACAAAUGCAUAAAGGGAAUCUACAAAUAAUGCCAUUGCAGCUGUAUUGAAAUGUGCAAAGUGCAAACAAACACAACUGGUUUAGAAGUUCUUAACCUUGCAAGGAAAAUCCUAGUAUAAUCGUGCACAUCUGAAUCUGAAUAAACUGAUAUGAAAGUA